AUGGGGAUAUCAGUGUCAAAGCGAGUUAACAACACUUUCCAGAACUCAGACCGAUUCAACUCAGCAUGUGACUCGGCGUUCUCUCAAUGUCUUUCUCUAACUCAACACGCUUUCGAAGGAGUUUUACCUUACCAACUCAAAACCGCUUCCGAUCAAAUCCACACCAUCAUCUCCGUCCAUCCACUCAUCCACAAGUGGGUCCCACAACCUCCUGAUCGGACUCAAGUUGAUUCCGCCCUCCGCCAUAUCCUUCCGUCCGAUCACGGCAGCGAUAACGUCCUCCGACUUCCGAUGUUCAAGGAUUGGGCUCGUUAUCUUUACACUGACGCUGUUUUGUCUUCAGCUACUAAAGCGUUGAUUGUCCGAGUUCCUGUUGGUGUCGCCGGAAUCGUUGGAAUUGGUGCCGUUGCUCACUCCGGUCCGGCACUGGUUGGAACUUUCGUUGGAGCUUAUUCUCUCGGUGUUGCUCUCUCUAUUUUUCUUGGUUUAUCCUCGUAA